CUUGAGAAUCUGCAAGUAGAAAUAAUGGAAUAUACUACUGUUUCAGCGAACCGAGCACUGCCGGCUGUACUAUCUGCUUGCUAAUUCAGUAUCAAUGUCAAGUGUCAACAGCAUCAUCCAUGGAUGUGGAAAAGCAGGACCCACCAACUCAUCAUGUGGGGUCAGCAACCAGCAGGGUCCGAUUCUACCACACCCCAAUCCAGCCAACGCAUUCGGCGCCCAACACCCAUCUUUCCCACCAAGACACCUCGCAAUAUACAAAUAAAUAUACUAAGAUGAGCACGAUUGCUGUGGCCGGUGGAACCGGCGGCAUAGGAAAAACUAUUGUCGAGGCAUUGGUGCAGGAGCCCAAGUAUCGGGUCAUUGUCUUGACCCAAAAUAGUCCCAAAGAAGAUCCCGUUCUCAGACAGACGCAGCAAAUCCAAAUCAACUAUAAUGACAUUGAUUCUAUCGUCGAAACGCUGGAGAAGCAUGCGAUUCACACCAUCAUCUCCGCCAUCGGAAUCUACACCGACGAAGCCGCCCAAUCUCAGAUGAACCUUGUCCAGGCUGCCGAGAAAUCCAGUGUAACCAAGAGAUUUGUCCCCAGCGAAUAUUCAUUUAUCCAAACCGAGGAUCUCCUACCUCACGAUCCCAGCAUUAAGUACUGGCUUGAUGCAGCUGAAUUGCUGAAGAAAACCAAGCUGCAGUAUACUCGGAUCUGCCCCGGUGUCCUCAUGGACUACUGGGGAAUGCCUCGAGUGCGAACCAACAUUCAUCAACACGUUAUCGGGAUCGAUGUAGCCAACUGCUGGGCCGGUAUUCCUGGCGAUGGUAAUGACAAAAUGAGCGUGACAUAUUCAUACGACUUAGCAGCAUAUAUCGUGAAGUUACUAGACCUCGAGGAGUGGCCUGAAUUUAGCAUUUUUGCGGGAGAUGAUAUUACCUACAACGAGCUCCUCAAGCUUGCCGAGGAGGCUCGAGGCAAAAAAUUCCAUGUUGUUUACGACAGUGCUGAGAACGUCAAAGUAGGUCAGGUCACCGUACCACCGUUUCUUACUGGGCUUUCUGAGGAAGAGGCCCGGGAAAUGACCGUUCUGGUGAGCCGACUCACUAUCGCCGGUGCUUUUGAUCUACCGCAGGAGCGUAUGAAUGCAUUGUUUCCCGAUAUCAAGCCCAUCAAGAUGAGGGAGUUCAUCACCAACACAUGGAAGGACGAGGCAUGACAUGGACAACGUUGAAUAAUAUUGAGUGGCUGAUAUAUCUAGUUAUUUCUCCAACUACCAAGACCUCGUAAUUGCUUGCAAGAUGUGGUAUAUAAAGAUCACGUGCCCAGGCACUGCACCCAGCCAUCUCAUCCUAAAUAACCAACCUUUCUUAACAUAUAAAGUACUAUCAAUGGUAAAACACAACUAAAGAUCAUCGCCAUCAUCUCCAUCCAUAGCCCCCUUGAAGGGGUUAUCGAAUACUAAUACAUGAUCAUCAUCUGCAGAGUAGGUUAGCCUAACCACGAGACACCACAUGUGCGGGAGGACAGCAUACGGUCAAUUGCAUCCGGAUCACUUUCCGCCUCAGUCAUAUUUCCAACCGCAUUAACGAUAUGUGAUGUCACAUUAUUGAGGUGUAGCAUAUCAAUCAAGG